UCACUCGUAGUUUCGAUCGGUAAGUUGAGAAACAUGCUCCUCCUAAGGAGUGGAAAAAUAGUGUCAUCUCCGUGAUUGGAAUUCAGGAUUGAUUGUUUAUAACCAAGUUGCAAAUAAUGAGACGAUGGAACAGAAAAUAUUGUUGCCUUUAGCGAUAUGGGCAAUUAUAGGCUCUAAUUUUUACGACAAUGUGACUGCUGACAAGUUUGAAGAAUUUCAAGAGCACACACAAGAAGUAAUAGUAAACUGUGUUCACGACGUAGCCCCACGCUUUGGCAAAAAGAUUUGUGAUUGUGGAUAUCUGAAUGAGGACUACAUUGCACCCAAAUUUGAAGGAAGUACGACGGAAAUCGAAAUAGCCAAUUGUAAAUCACUGCGAGUUCGACGGGACACCUUCACGGGUUUAUUUCAGUUAACAUUGCUAACCAUUAUCAAUGUGGAAAACCUUGUACUAGAACCACACUCGUUAGAUUUUGCUAAUAAUAAUCCGUUUGCUUUAUUGAAAAUAUAUUUGACAAAUACCCUUAUAGAAGAAGUCCCAUCACACGUGAUACGGGGACAUAUUGGAGAAGUGACGUUUACCAGAUGUCGUGUUGGAACUUUCCGUCCUUACAGUAUAACGAGCAUCAGUGAACAGUUGGAAAGUUUAAAAAUAGUGGAAAGUUUUGUUAAUAAAAUUGAACGUCACGCUUUCAAACGGUUUGAUGUGAAUCUACUAAUCAUAGAAGGAAGUGAAUUCGUUGCUCCAAUUCAGUUUCAAAGCUUAUAUGAAAUUGAUGUCCUGGGCCGGUUUGUCUUAAGUAAUAGUUCAUUAAAUUAUCUAUUACCAGGCGCGUUUACAAUGAAAAACGUCACUAACUUUGUUAUUACGAAUAGUAGAUUUGAACAGCUAUCCGGAGAUGCCUUCAUAAUGCAGAUUCGCAACAGCGUUCGUAUGGUAGAAAACUAUUUCAAUAGAAUAGACUAUGCAGCGUUCAGAGGAAUAACACUUGAUAGUUCCUAUUUCAGUAGACAUUCUGAAAAACCAUUCUUAUUGUUUCACAACAACAGACUAGGGCACCUAGAAGACGCGAGUUCGCUACAAUUUUCGAACGACUUCAAUACUCAACUGCGUGGAAUCCAUAUUCAACAAAGCAUAAACUGUAAGGAAACUACCUUUCUGAAGUCCAGCCUGUUGUCGUAUCAUUCAGACGAAAUCUUUUUUGUGUCAUCAGAAAAUCAAUUUCAAUCCCUUCACGACAUUCACAGCAAACAAUGUUCUGAGGACAAUUUUUGGAUGUACUUAAUAAUAGGCGUUAUCGUUACCUCGGUUGUGCUGGUGACGAUAGUUUUACUGAUAUCAUGGUAUUGCGUAGCACAGAAACGAAAACAUCAAAAACUGAAUAUAGUAAUGCCAGAACCACGUACAUACCGCGAAACUCAAAUAGUUAUGCAAAUUGAAAAUCAUGGACUAUUGAAAACAGAUCUGUAAAAUGCUAGUGAGACUACAUUCUACGCAAUUUUCUAAAGAAUUUUCUACAGAAUUUAUUUCUCGUGGCCUGCUUGUAACAAGGAUCCACAUUAAGGACACGUUUCAAUUCCAUUUGGUUAAUUUUUCCAUAUUCACUAUUACUUUCAGCCUUUGGUUUUCAAUGUUGAGUCACAACUGCAACAGUUAUUUGGCAAUAAUAUCGACGUCGAAACGGAUCGUUGCUAUUUUUCCAUAUUUGUGUAGGAUUGAAGUACUGGUUCCUAAUCCGGAUGGCGCCAUUUCAAGACCAAAGCUCUUUUCAAUACGAUUUUCCACUUCCGGGAAAUUUUCAACGGGCGAGGACGUUGUAUCGGGUUAAUGCGGUGAAAAUUUGAGUAUUUCGCGAGAAAGAAAGAAUUUUCAUUCGUACUUUAGCGACUCGACGUAGCCACAUAGUGGGAUUUUCGCAUGUAGUCCAGUGGAAAGAAAGUCCAUCGAACUAUAAACGAAAAUUAACUGGCAAUAUAGCCUAAGUUGCUGUGCCAUCAAUCGGUGCCAUCUCAAGUGAGGUGACGCCAACCAGAAAGAAGAAGAGUAAUACAAUUUUCGUUUUUCUAAUUGUUCGUAAAGUGUAAUAAAAACUCCCAUAAUCGUAACCUAUUUUCAAACGGAUACUAUGAUGACGUUAAUGAAAUUUUCUGUAAUUAGAGUUUUCAGAGCAGCCUUUCGAAAGAGAGAUUUAAAAUUCCCGGUGCAAUAGUAUUUCAAUGACAUGGAGUGGUUUUGUAAAU